UCCACCACCAACCUCAACAAGUCAACGUAGGAAUUUGCCAUGGCAGAAGCUCAGAGCCAGAGCAACCACAACGGCGUGGCGGAUCAGGAAGUUGGUGCCGAUCAGAGCCUUGCUCCAACUCCAACGGCGCAACAGUUCCCUUGGGUCCUGUAUCAAAGCUGCUGGCUCCGACCCAGCGCCGUGGAGAGCGUCAAGGUGGUGCAAAGCCAGUUCACCCCACGCCACGACGACGUCUUCCUCGUCACGUACCCAAAGUGCGGCACCACCUGGCUAAAGGCCCUCGCCUUCGCCAUCACCCGCCGCUCCCGCCACGGCAGCGAUGCCGACUACAGCCACCACCCGCUGCUCACCUGCCACCCGCAGGACCUCGUGCCGUUCCUGGAGAUGCCAUACCGCCAGCUCCACCCAAUCUCCGACCUCGAAGCGCUCCCUUCCCCGAGGCUCCUCUGCACCCACAUCCCGCUCCCGCUGCUUCCCCCCUCGGUGUUUACGCUCGGCUGCCGGGUUGUGUACCUCUGCCGGGAGCCCAAGGACGUGCUCGUGUCGCUCUGGUGCUUCAUCAACAAGGUAAACAAGAACUACACCAUGGAUAAAGCGUUCGAUCUGUUCUGCGAGGGGGUAUCCUCGUACGGGCCGAUCUGGGAUCACAACCUUGGGUUCUGGAAGAAAAGCGUGUCGGAUCCCGACAACGUUCUUUUCUUGAAGUAUGAUGAGAUGACGGCCCAGCCGGUGGAGCAUGUCAAGAUGCUCGCCGAGUUCCUUGGCAUUCCUUUUACGGACGAGGAGGUGAGUCAGGGAAUCGUUGAGGAGACCGUGAACCUUUGUAGCUUUGAGAAGCUGAAAAGCCUGCCGGCCAACUCGUCGGGAGUAUCUGACCGGAUUGGUGGGGUUCCAAUGGAGAACUCUUCCUACUUCAGGACUGGAAAGGUUGGUGACUGGAAGAACCACAUGACCGAAGAGAUGGCAAAAAAGCUCGAUGACAUUGUCGAGGAGAAGAUUAAAGGUUCUGGUCUCAAGUUUUGAACUACGAACUGGCUAUGUGCAUUGAUCGAUGCAGAGGCCAAGUCAUUACCCCUUUUGGAAAAGAUGAACUAUUAUCGAUUUUCAUGCUUAGCAAUGUGCAUUCUUAUGCAAUCAUGCUUUCCACAUUUCUAAUAAUACUGUGAAAGACUUCGAAAUUUGAU